GGUACUUACACUAAUUAACUAGACUAACUUCUAUAGGUACUUCCAUUAUUAGACCGUUAUCAUUUAUCAUGUAUCGAUGUGGAGCUUAGGUAGCUUCUAAGUGGGUGGUAACUUGUACAUGCAAAUGCAGAGAGCUUCCCGGAAUAGCCAAACUCCCUCUUACACAUCUGCACACCUGCACACCUACACAACUACACAACUACUAAACAUAACACAUUCGUUCCCGUCUCUCAUAAUCUUUGCUAUUACUCAUUGUGUCUGGCCUUGAUGCACACUAUAUCCAUGAUUUGUCCUGCCUAGCCUUAAUGGCUCUCCUUUUAUCUAUCAUAAUCGGAUAGAGAUAAUACUACAUAUAAUAGUCGUCUUGAUAUACCCCGAGCCAACUCGCGUCUUCCGUGUCUAUAGUGGAGAGCUUCUCACACUUCUUCAUGGCGCCUACUACCCCCUCCAAAGGCCCCGAGCCGAAACCCGGGUCGCUUGCAACCUCGAGUACUUUCCCUCGUCACUCUCCUUCGCAAACGAAAGAACCUCGACCCACCCCUCAACGCGCAAAUACCACAGAGAAUGGUGCCAUCCCGCCCGUUACAAUUACCCAGGAAACUCCACCAGAGAGGCAGAAAGAGAGGAUCGAUACAUUUGAGUCAGAGACUACUGAUGAUGUAGUUGAAGCCCCCCGCGCUUCGGUGGACAUGGACGAUAUACCGAUUGAGCUGAUUAGCAAGGCGGACAACUUCAUCGACUCGCUUUCCGCUAAGGUUCACCCCUCACCACCGAAUAUCGAUCAUCUGUCUAGGCUAUUUCAGGAUUUCUAUCACGUUGCUGCCUCGCAUAUCCGAACCCAUAUAGAUAGCCUUGCUACACGACAGAUGCGAGAAACUUCGCCAACUCCGUCGAGUUAUUCCAAAAGCUCACCAGCCAGCUUAUUAAGAGCCAAAGCGGCUUCCUUUACCAACAAGGAGAAAGCUAAAGAAACGCUAGUCAAGGGAGAGCAACAAAUGCUCACGGCCGAGGAGUUUGCUGAUAGAAAGCGAGCUAAAAAGGCGCUGGAGCAGAAGAGGAUCCUACUGGAGGAGGCGGUUGAAAGACGGCUUUGCGAAGGGAUUUAUGACCGCAUAUAUCGGCAUCGCACUACCCAAGAUGAGGCGCAGGACGACAAGCUUAGAUCCAAGACAGCUGCAUUGGCUCUUGUUGGUAUUGGGCCUGCAGAUUUAGGCGUCGACCUCGGAGAAGUUUCCGAGGACACUCCUGAAGCCCGCAUGAAGAAGCAAGAGCAGAUUCGAGAAUACUUAGACCAAGCCCGGAAAGACUUGAUGUUGAUGCAUGAGAAGAGGUACCCCUUAGGCAAGCUCAAUCAUCUCAAGGCUGCUCAUAAGAGCAUCGUUGACACGUUGUCUCACUUUCACCCUUCUUCGUCAGCCGACGAGAUUAUGCCGAUGCUCAUCUAUACGCUGAUAACUAUGCCGCCUGAAAAGCUCGGUGUAAUUAGCGAUUCCAAUUUCAUACAAAGAUUCCGAUGGGAAGAGAAACUAGAGGGAGAAGCCGCAUAUUGCUUAACAAACCUCGAGGCCGCAAUCACCUUCCUACAAACAGUAGAUCUUGCUAGUCUUAGAGCGGAUGAGGCGUCGUCGGGCCCCUUAAAAUCGGAGAGCCGGCCUGAGAUGCAAAGGACGGAGACCUUCCCGCCUGCUUACACGGCAGGCCUAUCCGCAACCACACCAAGUCCGGUUGCCGCAACUCCUGACAAUAUUAAGAGUGCAAAACCUUCACCGUCAUCCGACAGCUUGCGGGCUGCUAUCCAACGCCGCAGGUUGAGCGACCUUAUUCAAAGUCCAGCCCAGGCUUUUGGGAAUGCAAGCGACUCGCUGUUUAGCACAGCCGACCAAGGUUUCAAGAACAUCGGAACCAGUCUAGGCGAUAGCUAUAAGUUCUUACUUGGUAAACUUCGAGACAGUUCCGCUAGCGGACGGGAACUAGUUGUCCCGCGAACCCUAGACGAGGCACGGAAACUCAUAGGCACCCCACCUCCAGAAGAUGAUACUUCCGUUGAUGGGAAUUCUGCACAGGGACCCGAGGAUCCCGAUCGGCCGACACCUAGAAAGGAUGAUAAAUUACUAUCCCUUGUUGGUGGUAAAAAGCCGGCAAGGGAUCGAAGCACGGACAGUACAAGGAGUGCCCAGAGUGCAACCAGCUCUAAAAAGGUACUGUUCACGGAGGAUAAUAAGGAGAGAACUCCUACUCCAACCGCAACAUCGUCGCCUGCAUCCUCCAACCCGGCUUUGGUCGAAUCGAUGCGGAAUCUAGGCAAUUCUCUAAACCCCAUGAACCGCUUCUCAGGAAUGAGCAUGAUGCGUGGGUUUGGACGCGCGGCGACGAUUCCCGUGACACCUACGAAGGAUGGUACGGCUAAGACGACAGACGGAGGAGACUUGGCUACGGCAUUUCCAGAUAUCGCCACGGCGCUACCGCCGAAAGAUAUCCCGAAAAUCGAUCCGCCCAAGAAGAAGUUUAUGGAACUGCAGAACCCUACUGACCUAAGGAUUGGCGAUGUCUUAGAGCUGCUGCGAGACUACCGCCGGCUGGCUGGUGCUCUUAAGGAUAUGGAUGCUUUCAAGGAAUAGGCGACUGGUUCGUUCUUUAUAUAGGUAAACUUUGCUAACAGCGAUUGCUGGAAACGUACACACGCGUGCGGUUCGUGAGAUCCUAUCUAUAGCGCAUUUUGCAUGGCUUUGGAGUUUUUUCUUUCGACGGGACGUCGCAAUUAAGAUGGAGGAGGGUUUUUGGUUUGUUGGUCUUAUAUAGAGGAAGGCAAUGGGAGUUGACCGGGAGAGAAUCUAAGUGAGACGCUGAUGGUAACUCACACACUCACACCGCACUCACGUCUCAACUACAAAUCAUCCAAUAAAAUGAAAUCAAAUAACAAACAGACAGAUACUUAAAAGAAAACAAACAAAACAAGGA